AUGGGCGUCCCGCCGGGUUCGCAGGCAGCUCCACUUCCGAGCAAUCUGCCCUUUCGACUCGUCUCCAAGACGAUCGGAUCCGGCGCAUAUGCAGCUAUUCGCAAGGCAGUACCCAAGGACAAGCCGAAACCCGUCAUCGCCGUCAAGUUCAUCAACAAAGAGCAUGCCUUCAAGGUAGGCCGAUUGCGGCCCAAGCAGAUUGAGCUCGAGAUCAGUUUGCAUGGACAGGUGUCGGGCCACGCCAACAUUAUCCGCUUCUUGUCGCACGGCGACGACCAAUCAUGGAUCUGGAUUGCCAUGGAGCUGGCCGAGGGCGGCGACUUGUUUGACAAAAUCGAGGCCGACGAGGGAGUAGGUCAAGACAUUGCCCACUUUUACUUCAAGCAGCUCGUCAAUGCCAUCGCCUGGUGCCAUGGCAAGGGUGUCGCCCACAGAGACAUCAAGCCCGAGAACAUGCUGCUGACGGCCAACGGUGACCUGAAGCUGGCAGACUUUGGCCUUGCUACGGCCUUCCUCAACCCCAAGACUGGAGACUCCAAGAUGUGCGGCCUGGUAUGCGGCAGUCCACCGUACAUCGCCCCCGAGAUCAUCCAGGUCGGUUACGCGAAUCAAAAGAGGAAGCAUGGCGAGGGAAAGUUUGGCUACAACCCCAACCUCUCAGACAUCUGGAGUUGUGCCAUUGUGCUGUUUGUGCUGUUGGUAGGCAACACGCCUUGGGACCAGCCCGAGCCGCAAAAGAGCGACGAGUUCUACCAUUUCUGCGAGACACAAGGCCGUCCCGAAGACGAGCUCUGGGACAAGAUACCCUCGGAAGCCUUGAGUCUGCUUCGAGGCAUGCUCAAGGUCGACGUCACGGAGCGCUUCAAGCUGAACGACAUCCGCAUCCAUUCAUGGUACACGCGUCCGAACAAAUUCAUGAACUCCAAAGGCACCGUCUCGGACUCGGUCGGCCUGGCCACCAACAUGAUCGAACGCCUGCACAUUGACUUCACCACCGUAUCCGACUCACAAAGUCAACCGCAACCCAAACAAGUCGAAUCACAACCUGCACCCGCCCUCAUGUCUACACAACCCGUCACCCCAGCAUUCGACCAACCCUUUGACUGGGAAGCUCCGCCACGACUGGCAGGCCUCACAGCUUCCCAACCAGUAACCGCACACGACUCUUCUCGUGUCGCCAUGACUCACGACCUCAUCGCCGCCCAGCUCUCGCAAGAACCGCACAUGACCCAGUUCAGCCAAAGCCAUAACGUCCCUCUGUCCCUAACGCAAAAUGCCCGCCGCUUCCGCGAUAUCGUGCCCGCGCAAUCGCUCGCUCGCUUCUACUCAUACCAAGCUUUGCCUCAGCUGCUGGGCACCAUUCGCAGCGCUCUGCAUACACUCAAUGUACCCAUUCCUGCCGCUGCAGCUGCCGACGACAAGGCGAAGCAAGCCCAUGUUCGUAUCCGCAUGGUCGACGGCCGCAAGCAAGGACUCAGCGGCAAUGUAGUGCUCGAGUCUAUCGCCGAAGAUGGUCUUGUGGAAGUCAGAUUCGUCAAGGCAAAGGGCGAUCCACUUGAGUGGCGUAGAUUAUUCAAGAGGGUUGCCGUGCUCUGCCGGGAUGCGAUUCUCAUGCCUAGGGAGUAA